UUGUGUGUAGGUCUAUGACCAUUUAUGGGUUACUUGGUCCACUUGAAAGAGAUCGUCGGUACGAAAACGCGGCGUGAGGUCUGUCUAUCAGACGUCGUGAUCGGGCUCCUGUCGAGUGCAAUUGGAAAUACUUUGCGUCAUUACUCAUACAGGCUCCAUUAAAUACAAACGAGCCCUGUGAGCCGCUCCCGGGCGCCUACCGUAACUCGCUAGCGACACCGCCGCUCUGCAACAUGUUCACCAACGGCAUAAAGAUCGACGCAUCAUGGGAGCUACAAAUUUACGUGACAGAUCUCAAGCUCGAACGGCGGCUUCGAGUGAUGGGAGAUCUCCACAUCGGGGGCGUUAUGUUGAAGCUCGUGGAAACGCUGAAUGUUCCGAACGAUUGGUCGGAUCACGCACUCUGGUGGCCCGAUAAGAAUCAGUGGCUCUCCCGGGCCCGAUCCACCUUAGAUCAGUAUGGCGUACAGGCUGACGCUGUUCUUCACUUCACGCCGAUGCACAAAGUUUUGAAAGUGCAGUUCCCAGACCUUCGAAUACUCGAUUGCAGAGUCGACUUUUGUGUGAAAGCCUUUUCUGCGGUUGUGAAAUUGUGCAAGGAACUCGGUAUCAGGCAUCCGGAGGAGUUGGGCUUCUGUCGACCUCUAAGCCAGGAUCACUUGAAGAAAAACUACAGACACGUAGGGGUGCCGCCACGCCAGCGGACUAUCGCCGGUCAAGGAGUUUUGAAUCUGGAGAAACAGCAUUUGAGUACACAAAAUGGUCACGAUAAAACUCUUCUCAACUCAUCGCUGAACACGACGGCGUGCUCAUUCAAUAACUCAGCUUAUCUGGAAAGCAAUUAUUUGGCGCAAUAUCAACACCCACUCGCCAUGCCGUACAAACCGCCGAACGACAUCAGGGCCGCGCAGCCGAGGCCUAAGAACCUCGUCGAACGGGCCAGGCUGAACUCAGGAUGGCUGGACUCAUCGCUUUCGCUCCUCGAGCAGAACGUCCUCGAGUACGAUGUGCUCCAAUUGAAGUUCAAGUUCGUAUCUUUCUACGAUCUGAACCCGAAGAAAGACGCGAUCCGCAUCAACCAAAUCUACGAGCAAGCCCGCUGGUCCUUGCUGCAAGAGGAAAUCGACUGUACAGAAACUGAGAUGUCUCUGUUCGGAGCAUUGCAACAUCAAAUCAAUUUACAAAGCGCGUCCGGAAAUUGCCCAUUAUCGGGCAGCCAGGCUAAGGAGGACGACAUCGACGCAGCUCUCGACGAUCUUCAGAUCUCUUUAGAAGGUACAACCCUGAACAAGGAUAAUACGGACGCGAUGCAGAUAACACAAGUUCCUCAACUUUCUUCAUAUAUUCGUUUCCUCAAACCCCGCGAAGAGGGAUGCUGUUACCGAUGCUGUUAUUGUUGCUGCUGUUGCUGUUGUUGUCGUUCGCCGAGGAAAUUCACGCUGAAAGCCUUCCAGCAAAGAUUCUUCGUGUUCAGAGACACAACACUGUCAAUGUAUAAAAACAGAGAAGCUGCCAACUCGAAUGCACCGGCAACGCUCGUGAUUAGUUUGAGAGGUGCUGAGGUAGCGCCUGAUGUCAAUGUUUCGCAAGCCAAAUACGGGAUCCGUCUCGAGGUCCCGAGUGCGGAAGGCAUGACAGAGUAUUGGCUGAGGUUCGACAGCGAAGAAGCGUACUCGAGCUGGAUGGCGGCUUUCCGGUUGGCAACCAAGGGCAAGACCAUGGCCGACGUUAGCUACGAUCAGGAGGUGAAGAGCUUGCAACAGUUUUUGAGGAUGCAGAAGCCUGUCUCCAACCCCAGCAUGGCUGCACAAUCUGCCAUCGACAUCGCCCCCGAAGAUUACUGUGCUCCGCGGUACAUCCGUAAACGAGGGGCUUCGGGGGUUGUCCGAGGAAUUUUGAUGGCGCAUUCGAAUGUCAAAGACCUCUCGUUGGCCGAUGCGAAGUUGCAGUAUAUCCGUUCAUGGCAAGCGCUGUCAGAUUUCGGCAUUUCGCUAUUCCUGGUUCGAUUCUCCCAGAACCCCAAGAAGGAUGAAGUCUUGGGCGUUGCAAUCAAUCGACUUCUGAGAAUCGAUCCUUCUUCCGGUGAUCAUCUGAAGACCUGGCGCUACACGAGCAUGAAGGCCUGGGAUGUGAAUUGGGAGGUGAAACAACUGCGCUUGGAGUUUGAGGAAGAGGACUUCCAGGUUUCGCCUUUGUCGGCAGACUGCAAAACGAUCCACGAAUUCAUCGGUGGUUAUAUCUUCGUAUCGAUGAGAUCGAAAGAGCAGAAUCAAGCGCUCAACGAAGAACUCUUCCAUAAACUAACAGGAGGCUGGAACUGAUUUCGUCACUGUCCUAACGGUUAUGUGUUAAUCUUAUCGCCUAAAAAUAACAUGUCUGUGCAGUAAAAGGAGCCUGAGAGGAACUCGAUCUUUCUCGAACUGUUUUCCACACGCUGCCCGAUACUCUCAGCGCACAUCGGACGUCUCCAGUCAUGAGUGCGCUUCGAAAGGAACUUUGCGAAGACAUCGAACAUUUCGUUCAUUAUGGACCGAAGACCGACAAUGAUGAGCCGCAGCAGAAAAUUCCGGCCGAUGCCGGAUGCAACAAAAUCCUUAAAUUUUAUUAACCGAGGAAGAGGUCGGUUUUUGUUAUCGAGAGCGCGCCCGUUCAUAAGCCCAGGUCAAGAAGAAAGUUCUCUGCGGGGAGAUAUCGAUCGUACUCCGCAAUACUGCCAGAACUUCCUAGAUAUCAGAGACUGUACGCGGAAAUGGGAAUCGUCCACGAUUAUGGCACAAAGUAACAGAUGAACCUUUCUACCGAGCUGAAUAAUGUGAAACGAGAGUUGGUAUAUAAUGUUAGGCCCUUCGAGGCCAGAAUGCGAGGUCCGGAACUAAGUUAGAUCCAAGUGCGAAUAAAGAGCGUUCUGUCCUAGGAUUCUCGUCAAGUUCUCCCGAUAAACUUCCAGAAAUCGUUCGACAAAAAAUUGUGAUCGAAUUCUCUGAUAUGACUAAAACAAUAAAACACGUUUCUGAUCGGGAAGUUCAUAGUC